UCUAAAAUAAAUAAUAAAUAAACAAGUAAUAAACUUCUCACUAUAAGUCUAUAAGUAUAAAACCAUUCAUUUUCCAUUCGUUUUCAAUUCUGUCUGUCUCUCAACAUUUCUUUCUCUCUCUCUCUCUCUCUCUAAAACAAUGGAUCUCCAUCCCCGUCCGCCGCCGGCAACCACCACCAACGGCGCCGUUGCGACAACAAACCACCAUUCCCGCCGCCUGAAAUCCCCUUCCCCAUCACCAAAAGCUUCAGACGCUCUCCCUCUCUACCUCACUAACACGCUCUUCUUCUCCGUCGCGUAUUAUCUCCUCCACCGUUGGCGUGACAAGAUCCGUAGAUCCACUCCUGUUCACGUCGUCAGUCUCUAUGAAAUUGCCGCCGUUGUUUCCGUCAUAGCUUCUUUCAUCUACCUUCUCAGUUGAAGUUCAUUUUGGAAGAUCCUCUCAAUAGAUGGAGAUGAUGAUGAUGAUGGAGUCUGAUCACUCUUGUAAUUUUCUUCGUCCAAACACACUUCAUCCUUGUGAAGGAGGCUGGUUACUUAGCUGUUGUCACUCUUGUGGGAUGGUUUUCAAAGAUGAUACAAAUAACAAUUCUAUUUUGAAGGCUGUUUCUAAAAAGAGGACAUAUGCUAGUUUUAUAGCAAAAAGAAAAAGAGCAAGAAAGACUAAGAUUAACAAGAUUGAAGAUCAUGACUUAGAACAAUAUGAUGGGCUUUUCAAUGAUGAUACAAAAAGCUAUUCAGUUUCGAAGGGUGAUCCUAGAAAGAGGACGGCAUAUGAUAGUUUUAUGGCAACAAGAAAAAGAGCAAGAAAGUCUAAGAUUAACAACAUUGAAAAUAAUGACUUAGAAGAAUCUGUUGGUUCAAACUUCUAGUUUUCUAUGUUGACGGUGAAGAUGCAAUGAAUUACAACACUUUUUGAAGAGCAUAGUAUUUUAGUGCCUCUUAUACUACAUUUUAUGUAUAAAAUGUAAUAUUUCACAUUACUUAGAGUGAUGAGUUGAUUUUUUUCUAA